AUCAUCUCCUCUCCCUCAUUUUCUCCCCUUUCUUAUUCAUACCAACCCCACAAAAUAGCCAAUAAAAAAAAAUAUAGAAAAGCCACCAAAACCAAACGUAUAAUCUCUUUUCCGUAACGUUUGGAUCAUCAAACACCCACCAAGAGAACCAACAAUCAACAAUGUCGGAUUCCUCGCCGGACGCCGCCGCCUCAACCUCUUCCUCCGCCACCGGCGUCGUCCCGUCCCACUCCCCAUCAAGCUCCCUCUCAAAAAUCCAAGCCUCCAUCCAAACCCUCUCCGCCAUCGUCCCAUCCAUCCCACCGUCCCUCCUCACCUCCGAGAACCCGGCCCUCUACCUCCUCCACGACCCUGACGUCUCCGCCACCAUCUCCUCCCUCCUCCGCCGCCCCGACUCCGGCUCCGGCGACAACAACCUCUGCCGCUGGCUCUACGACACGUUCCAGUCCACCGACCCCCAGCUCCAGCUCGUCGUCGUCCGCUUCCUCCCCGUCAUCGCCGGCUCCUACCUUUCACGCGCCGCCUCCUCCGGCCUACGCGCCGGCAAGACCCUUGCCGGCUUCGAGGCCGUCCUCCUCGCUCUCUACGCCCACGAGACGACGGCGCGCGACGGAAACUCCGUCACCAUCAACAUCCCGGACAUCUCCCACCCGUCCAUCUACCACGAGUCCAAGAUCCCUCCGUCGAAAAACAACGCCACCGUCCUCAACAUCGCCGUCAUGUCGCCGGCGCUCGAGCCCCACGGCACUGUGCGGUCCACGCGCCGCGGGAGGAUCGUGGGCGUGGCGCUCGAGCUCUAUUACAGCAGGAUCUCCCAGAUGCCCAAGGACUCCAAGAUGGAGUUCUGCGAGUUCUCUGAGAAGUGGGCCGGAAUCUCGCGGCCCAAAUCCAGUGGGUCGGAUGGAAAGGCCCGCGAGGAGGGAGAGGGAGGAGGUGGGAGGAUACCUCUGCCGUGGGAGGUGAUGCAGCCCGCGCUGAGGAUAUUGGGCCACUGCAUAAUGGGGCCCAGUAAGGAUGUGCAGCUGUACGACGCGGCAUGUGGGGCCUGCCGGAGCUUCCACGCUCGGGCUUUACAGGAUAUGGACGCGAAGGCGAUUCUGGCGACCGGAAGUCUUCUCAGGGUGGCGGAGAUGUCGGUGGAUCCCAAGAAUAAUGUUGAUCAUACGGAGAUUAAAUUUACGGAAAGUAUUACCGUUUGAAUAAAUGAAGGUUUAUUUUUAUUAUUCUAUUUAUUGUUGUAUUUAAUGAUACUUAGAUUAGGUGGAUUAAUUUGUAAUGUUUUGAACAUCAAGUUACUCAAGUGGUAAGAUAUGUGAUGACACCAUGCUACGGUUCAGGCGGUCGGGUUUGGUUUUGAUCCGGAAAUAGUUAAUCUUAGAAUUUCGUUCGAGUCGAUAUCUCAAAUUGUGAAUUAUGUCCCUAGUCGAGUUUCUUUGUUUUAGAGCGCUGGCCUGGAUGUGAUCGAUGUUUUUAUCUGUUUGGAAAACCCACUAUUUUGUUGUUUGUACGAUGUAAUUUUUUAGACUUUCUGGUUAAUUAUUCCAUUACGAUUUACAAGAAUACAAAUAGUACAUCAGAUCGAGAGUUCUUGCGAUGGUAAAGAGAAGUCACCCACGAAGGGGGAAAAAUGGAAUCGUGAGAACUUUCCUAGCUAGAAGAAUUAUAGAUUGUGGAGAGCUAGCUAGGUGAUGCAUUGUACACUAGUAGCAUACAAAAUCAAAUCAUAAAUGUGAAUUAGUGAAGAAGCCAAAAGUAAACUCGUGGAAAGUUUGGGUAGUGAAAAAUAGCUAGAAGACGAUUUGAUGACUUGGUCCAAACAUAUAUAGGUGAGAUUAUAGAGAAAAGACAUAUAGGUGAGAUUAAACAUUCAUCAUGCUAAAACUCUACUCUUUUGACAUUCAUUUAGAAUGAGCUUUGCUCUUGUAAUGUCAAUUGUUUAUGACGAGUGAUGAUGUUUAUUUGCAAAUUUCUCACCUCGUAUAAAAGAAAGGGUAAAAUCACUUCAAUGUGUGAUUCAACAACUUCCAUUUAGACGCGGUGGCAUCGCUAUCACUAUCCUACUAAACUUCAUCAGUCGCCAUAUGAUUUCUGUGCUUCUGCUAGACUCUGUUCUCCCCGAAAUUACCGAAGCUUCCAGUUCUCUGUGGCAAAGAUGUCUUUGGAUUCUAAGAAUAAUGUUGAAUGUACGGGGAUUAAAUCUACCGAGAGUAUCAUCAUUCGAAAUUAUCGACGGUAACAAAGUUUGUCCGUGUUGGGACGAUCAUUUUGAGGAGGCAUACAGCUUGAGGAACGAUUCUUGAAAAAGAAUCGACUUCGGUUAUGUUUCUUCCGAGAGUUGUUUCCUUAUCAUUGGUUUGAUAAUUUUUUGCAUAUAAAGACACAAAUGUAUCUACAUAGGAAUUCGUUGAAUCACACACCACAUUAACGCACACGUAAUUCAGUAACAUUUCGUUCGGUCGAUUUCCAAUAACAAAAGAACACAUUCGAGAGUUCAUGUAAUGGAAAAGAAAAAGUCACAUAGGGA